CAGGUUGGGUUUAUAAGCUUUGAGUUUUCAACAUAUAUAGGAGGAGGAGUUUGAGAAGCUAAAGGGUUUUGUAUGUGUGUCUUAAAAGUGGCAAAUCAGGAAGAUAACGUUGGCAAGAAAGCCGAGUCGUCUAGUAAAGACAGAGAUGAUGAUCAUAGGACGUUGUCGGAAAUCGAUCAAUGGCUUUACUUAUUCGCUGCCGAAGACGACCACCUCCGUAAUAACUUCGCUACGCAGCAGCAGCCUCCGUCGUCUCUUAUGUCGGGUUUCAGUAGAGAGAUGGAGAUGUCUGCUAUUGUCUCUGCUUUGACUCACGUUGUCGCUGGUAAUGUUCCUCACCAUCAACCUGGUGGCGGUGACGGUAGCGGUGAAGGGACUUCGAAUUCCUCUUCUUCCUCCGGCCAGAAAAGGCGGAGAGCGGUGGAGGACGGUGGCGGCGGCAAAGCCCUCAAGGCUGCUAAUACUUUGACGGUUGAUCAAUACUUCUCCGGUGGUACCUCUACUUCCAAAGUGAAGGAAGCUUCGAGCAACAUGUCAGGUCCAGGCCCAACAUAUGAGUACACAACUACGGCAACUACAAAUAGCGAAGCGUCGUCGUUUAGCGGGGACCAACCUCGGAGGAGAUACAGAGGAGUGAGACAAAGACCGUGGGGAAAAUGGGCGGCUGAGAUUCGAGACCCCUUCAAAGCUGCUAGAGUUUGGCUCGGUACGUUUGACAAUGCUGAAUCAGCUGCAAGAGCCUACGACGAAGCUGCUCUUCGGUUUAGAGGCAACAAAGCCAAACUCAACUUCCCUGAAAACGUCAAACUCGUUAGACCCGCUUCAACCUCUGCUGCAGCAGCACUAUCCCAAACCGCUGUUCAGAGGCCGACGCAGUCGAAAAACUCUGGUUCCACGACUCCCCUUUUGCCCAUAAGACCUGCUUCGGAACAGACCAUUCCCAUUCAUUCUCAGCCGUUGAUGCAACAGUACAACUUGAAUUACUCAGAGAUGGGUCGUCAACAACAACAGUUUCAGCAGCAACAACACCAACAGUCUCUGGAUUUAUAUAAUCAAAUGUCGUUUCCGUUACGUUUCGGUCACACCGGAGGUUCAGUGAUGCAAUCAACGUCGUCAUCAUCAUCUCAUUCUCGUCCUCUGUUUUCCUCAGGUGCUGCGGUUCAGCCACAGCCAGAAUUAGUUAGUGAAACCGGUUAUCUCCAGGAUAUACAGUGGCCAUCAGAAUCAGACAAGCCAAGUAACAACUAUAAUCAUAGUCCAUCCUCCUGAUGGAAUUGCUUCAUUUUCUUUUCUUUUACUAUAGAGCUAUAGAAAAGAAGAAAAAAAAAUUAUAUACAUCUUAGGGUUUUUUUUCCCCCAAAUGUUAUAGGGUUUAGCUGUUUGUAUUGCUUUCCUUCCAUACUCGCAUGUUUUUGUUAUUUGUUUUUUAAAUUUAUCAUAUUUUUGCAUAAGAAUUAAUUUUGUUUCGUUGUAACAAACAUUGAUAAAAAAGACGAUAGAGAACGAAGAGUUUUGUAUAUAA